GGGCUCGGGCAGCUGGGCGGGGUCGCGGAGCGCUGCGCGGAGCCGGGCCGCCUUCCUCCAAGUUGCAACGGGUUGCAUCAACCAGCGCUGGCAGCGGAAAGGAGAGGGGGGCGCGGCGGGAGCCGGAUCCCGAGCCCCCGCAGCCAGCCAGCCAAGGAGGUGCCCGCCUAGGACGGCUGUGCGCGCGCGCCCCGGGGAUGUGCUGUGCUGGCCCGGGCGCGCUCCGAUUCAUUUCCCCCCAUGACUUGACGCGCCGUCGGCAGCCGCAGAUUCCAAAGAGUCGAGUUCAUACGGCGGCCACUGCAAGCAGCCAAUGACUUCGGAGUCCUUUCCUGCCAAGUGCAUUAACAUGAAGAAGACAUCUGCAUUGACACUGCUUAUGCUGCUGCUUCUGACUGGGCCCCCCACAUCGCCUGCAAACCCAGCAGAAUGCAAAGAGAAUGAGUACCUGGACAGCCGUGGGGGCUGCACCCCUUGCAGAGAAUGUGGGCCCGGACAGGAGCUUUCCAAGGAAUGUGGCUACGGUGAAGGGAGGAAUGCUCAGUGCACACCCUGCCAGCCCAGGAGGUUUAAGGACAGCCGGAGUCACCGCGGCUGCAAGCCCUGCCUUUCCUGCAGCCUCAUCAACCGGGUCCAGAAAGCCAACUGCACUGCCGUGUCUGAUGCCACCUGUGGAGAGUGUUUCCCUGGAUUCUACAGGAAGACCCAGAUUGGAGGUCUCCAGGAUCAGGAAUGCAUCCCCUGCACCAAGCAGACCCCCUCCUCUGAGCCCCAGUGUGAGUGCCUGAGGGCUCUUCUGCCUGUUACUGGUCAUGAUGCGGGCCAUUCGAGGUUUAGCCCGGGGAAGGUGGAGAGCCCCCCAGCACUUGUGCAGGACACGGCCCUCGUGGUGGUUGCCAGCAGCGCCCUGGUUGUCAUUGUGCUGGUGCUGCUGACGGUCUCCAUCCUGUGCUGCCAGCGCUUCUGGAAGAGCCAGUGCCAGCGUGUGUUCCUGAGGAGUCAGAAUUUCUCCGGCCAGAGGGUGCUGUUCCAGGCGUCUGCGGUGCCAGCCGGCUUCCCGUGCCAGGAGCCCCUGGCAAACCCCUGCUGCUUGGGCAUCAAGAGCUUCAGCCCUUGCCACAGGCCGCGGGAAGGUCCUGUUGAAGCUGUCCAGUUCGUGGCCGAAGCCCCUGGGAUUCUCCUGCCCUGCCAGCAGCCUGCCCUGGGCCUGUCCAAGUUGGCCCUGGCCAGCCCCACCGCUCCACCGGGAAGGGCUCUCGUGGAGACACAGCCCCUGCUCAGGGACUCCCGGUGCAGCGACUGCUCUGCUGCAGGCUCCUCCUUGGCGGAGCUCCGGAGGGACUCCGGCAGGGGUGCCGACGGCCCAGCCCCACUCUCCUCGUGUGCCACAGAGAGGCAGCAUCGCUGGCCACAUGUCCCCGUGGAGUGCACGGAGCUGGACCUGCAGAGAUUCUCCAGCCAGGCUGCGUUUGUGGGCACCCCCAGCGACGAGGCUGCUGGGAGCAGGGCUGCCCAGGGGGCCCUCCGGGGCAGGCUUGAGCUGGCCUCCGAGGCUCCUGCCUGCCCUCUCCACCCCACAGCACAGGCCAGGCUCGCGCUGGAAUCCCCCCAAGCCUCCUGUCCAUCCUUCCGAAAUCCUACUGCGGAAAGUGGGGAGCAGUUGCAGGGAGAUGAACUUCAGAGUCUCAUGAAUGAGAUUGGGAGCAUCGCUCAAGGUUUCUCAGUAGCCAGCCUCCCAGGUUCCUUAGUGCAGUCUCUGGCCUGCCAGCUGGACCCGCCCUCGCCGGGGCUCAGAAAUGUUAGCCACUUGGGGCUGGAGCUGGGGGUCCCACCGCAUCAGCUGAGCCAGAUCUCUGGGUUCCAGGAGCUCGUUGCAUUCCUCACUGAUUCUGGGAGCCCCCCUCUCCCUCUCUUCGUCUUGGCCCGGGCACUACAGAAGCUCCAGCGUGCCGAUGCCUUACUUCUGCUUAGAGAGCACUGCCUUGGAAACCAAGCCCAGAACGGCCAGCACUAGUCCGUGACCUGCCCUGUCUGCCUGAAGGCGUGCGUGGGCUGAGAGGAUCAGGCCAUCCUGCAGUCAGAGGUGCCAAGAUGGGCAAUGCCGAAACGGGGUUUGGCUUGUGUGCCAUAACCUUCGCGUCUGGGAGUAAAAUCCUCGGCUAAGCAGGAGCAGCUGAUGUGUAGCAGGAGCCCAGGGAGAAUCCACCCCUUUUGUGCUUGAGGUCUGCAUCAGGCACCUUACCUCCUGGAUAAAUCUUGGGAAAGGCCCUCAAGAUCUUACACGUGACACCUUCCCACUACCUCAGAAGCUGGCAGCUGGAGGCUAACCAACAGGUCCCGGGACUUUGACACCAGCAGGGGACUCGGUAUUCGCUCCGUUGGCUUGUCCUGUCAUUUCUUUUCUGAGCAGCCAACAAUUUGGCUGCGUAAAAUGGAUCACUCUCCACGAGUCAUCCUCUUGUACUUGAAUGGGCUUCUGCUUGGUCUCCAAAACCUUGUGAGACAAACAGAUUUAUCUCUUGAUUCCUUGAGUUGCUGUGAUUAAUUAUUACUAAGGUGUGAAAGUGCAUCGGGUUAUUCCUGUGAUCCCCAAAAGGGAAUUGUUUUGCUGUCACUUUUUUUAAAAAACCCGGUGGUGUUUUUAAUGGUUUUGUGCAGGUCUGAUGUACGAUUUCUUCAGCCUCUGUUGUUUUGAGGAAGUCUUUUGCAUUUGACCGGUUGUGAUGCUCUGCAGGCAGGAUGGGGCUGUGAGGUCACGUUGUUUGUUCUUUGGGCUGCUUCCCUGGAGAACUCCGCUCAGCCUUUCCUGCAAGCAAAAGCUCUUGUACAGAAUAUUUGUUUUUCGUCACCAAAAUGGUGAUUUGUUGAGUUUCCCAACAGGGAAUCGUUUUGUUUGUGUGGGGAGGGUGAGAGUUUACUUUUAGGGGAGACUUCUUAUAACGUUGGCCUCCCUUUUUCUCAUGCAUCUUUUCAUUUUACUCGCCUCACAGGUGAUGGCUGACAGAUAUCUUGGUCCGUCUAUCUGGAGGUGAUUUGGGUGGUACAAUGAACUACCUUUCCGAGUUCCUUUAAAAACUCAGUAGAAUGUUUGCUUCAGCAGAUCCUGGGGGCCACCAUGUAGCAAGGACAUACCUCAGCAAAGUUUCCUUCCGCAAAAUAUCUGUGAGCAUAAGAAAGAGCCUGACAAAGGGUCAGCUGCUGCCAAGGAGGAGAAGGCUCUUCCAGUGUGCAGAAGAGGGGAUUUCUUCAGGUGCAACUUCCUCGCUUCUGCAGGACAAAAUGCACCUGUCGGAAUCCUCUCUUGUGCACACCUGUCAUAGGUAUGGGAGCUCCUCCACCUUUGCUCUGGUCUGUGUGCCUAUUGCCUGAGAUUUCCUCUUGCCCACAUUAGGAUCUGGUGUUCCAAACUAAUUUAGGUGGUUUGAUUUCUUCCCAGUGUCUAGCAGAAAACACUGGCAGGGAUGUUCUUAUGCCCAGGGGUAGGCCGCCUUGGCACUCCAGUUGUUGCAGCUGAGGAUGAUGGGAGUUGUAGUACAGCCACAGCUGGAGAGCCAGGCUUGCCCAUCCCUGCCUUAGCACUUCACCUCUGCCUGCCUUUGGUAACUGGUGUUCUUGUAAGUACGUCGCCCUACAGGAAAAGGAUAGCAGGAGAGGGCGUAGAUACUUGCCAGCAACAAGCAUUCUUAGCUGAGUUUUUAAUCUUGCUCUGUUUGAUGUGGAGAUAUUAUUUCUGUUUUGUUCUUCACUCACGGAAUGGCUGUAUCCUGGAGGCAUACAACGGUCUGUUGGCUUGUUGCUGCAUUAACGGUGCUGCUGUCAGUGGGACAGGAACCGGCUUGUCUGGCAGGAUCCCGUUUCUCAAGUCAAAGCAAGGACUUCGCUUUGUGGUUGCUGAGGGUGGGAGGGAGACCACCCCCACCCCCAUCGCUCUCUGGAAGGAUCUGCUGGAGCUUGCAGCCGUAAGCCUCGGUGUCCCCGGUUUCCUCGGCCUGGUGCCAGGCUCUGCAUUCUAACGUUGGGGCAGGAGCAGUGAGGGUGGGCUCUGAACUGCCCUCUCUUUGAGCAGUUGGAUCUUUUUGUGGAAAUGUGAAUGGAGUUCCACACUGAGUGACAGGCACGGUGUUAAUACAGGCCAUGCUGCAGGCAAAAGGGGGCAAAACCCCUGCAGUCAACGCCCACCUGAGCCACCUUCAGUGUGGCCAGCGAAAAGGGGGUUGGCCACAAGAAGGGGGGGGGGGUGCAGUGAAGUCUCUUGGGUUUCCUUGUGUCCAUGCAAAACAGGGGUGGUCCUCCUCCAAAAAUGCCCCCCCUCUGCUCACGUCUCCUGAUGCUCCACAUCAAUGGCUGCCACCAGUGGGGCCAGCAGAGCAAAUGGUGCAAUGUCACUGGGUCAUGGGGGUGGCAAACUUGUUAUGGAGAGGGAGGGGGCAGCAGUCCUGUGAUCCUCCCCCCAGGCUUAGUCUCACUGAACAGUCAUGUGGUGGGAGGUUCAGAGAUCAGUGCUGAAGCACCCCUCCAGACCAAAAUGGGAGCUACUGGGCGGGCAGGUGGGGGCCCUCUGGGCAUGUUGCCCCACUGCCUCUGUGUGUGGCUGUCAGGUGAGGUGUGGUAGAAUCAUUCUGAAGGGGGCUUUGUGGUUGGUUUCCCUUUCCUUUUCGUUUUUCUGCCCAUGCAGUCGUCUGAGUAGACGCUCAGUGGAGUCCUGUCUGCCUGAUAUGUAGCUGGAAGGGAGGGCACCAGUCAGGUGGGAAUGAGGGGGGGACCUCAUUCUCCCUCCCCAGUAAUGAAAGGUCCCCAAGCCUUGUCUUCCUUUGCUUCUGGGCCUCUUGCCAACAACACACAGUUCAGAGGACUCCACAUUUGGCUCUGUGGCUCUGAUCGAACAGAGUGUAUCUGGAGCAGUAAAACUAGGGAUGUAAAAGCUCAGGUGUGAAAGUGUACCCAGGCCCAGCUGCUGGGCCAGGUUGAGGAAUUGUGCAUUUAUCCGUUUGAGGCCCUCUGUGUCUGAAUCCGUUUGAGAGCCUCUGUCUUCAGAGCUGUCCUUCCUCUCGAUCUUCUUUCUGCCACUCACGCGUCUCCCUUGGUUUCGUAUUUCAUUUUGAGCAAGUGCUGGGCCAUCAGUCGCUCUGCAGUUUUCUGAUGUCAUUUUCUUAAUACAGCAAUUAAGUUCUAAGCCAUAGACUCUUUUCCGCCCCACCCCAGAUGGCUGAGGCAGCUGUUGCAUGCAUGGAUUUCAUCAGUUGCUUGGGUUUGUUUUAUUGGAAAGUAUUGGACAAUAUAAUGAACACUCCAAAAACUCGACGUGAGAUUGCAGAGCAUCUGGUUUCCGUGCUGGUGCAGCUACGUGACUUCAGUGUUAAGUAAGUGAUCUGUACAAACUCUAGUCAUAGACUGAAAUGAGUUCUGAUUUGCAUUAGAUAGGAUACUAGGGAUACCACUGCAUUAAUUCCCAUUUGCGAGGGAAUUGCUGGUUUAAUUACAUGGAUUGCAAAUAAUGUCUGAACAUUUAAGCAGAGUGUUGUGUGUGUUUGUUUUUAACCCUUUCAUUUGUUUAAGCCAGGGUUCAGGUGGUUACUGAAAGGGAAGUUCAUGUUUUGCUCAGCCAGAUUCCACUGGGAAGGAAUUUAAUGAUUGCUACUUAACUAAUAUCUUCUGUACAAUGUUGUUUUCUAGAGGAACCUCUCAGUGUAAUGAAUUUGGGUACAUAUUAAUAUAUUUCUGCCCACUCCCUAAAAAGAAAACGAAUGUGCAUGUAUGGGCAAAUAUAAAUCCUCUGCUUGCACUAAAGCACAUCUUAGAAUUCGCAAUGCAAGAUUACCAUAAACUUAGUGAAUGAUAAUAAAGAAGGCUUUGCUCCUCUUUGGCUUAAACUAAAGCUUCAGCUCAUGUCUCUCCCAUGGCAAGGUGGGCCUUCUUAAGGAGGGCAUCAAGAAUAGCCUGGGAUCCAGUAGCAUGUCCCUUUAUUUGGCAGGACAGUAGGAUUUCCACCUGCACUUCCAGCACUACAGCUCCAAUGGCGGUAUGCCCAGUCCCCUCCAUUGAGUUGUGUGUGGAUCCUUCCUUGAUGUUCCAUGCAGCUGAACUCAUCCUUCUGUUCUCCGCUUUGGUGGGGUGAUUGAAUGAAUGAAUUUCUUCUCAGGGUUGAAACUGUAGAACAAAAUGGAAGAUCAGAAUCGGGCCACUCGAUGAGUCCAGGGGUGUAAAAAGGAAUCCCCCUUUUGCUUAUAAAUCUAAAACAGAUACUUUUGUGAGGUCUUGUGAAACAAGGAGUCGUGUACUGUGGAAUUGCUCUCCUCAUGAGUUGUCUUUUGUUCAGCCUGGACCUAUGCAUAUUUUCUAGAACAGAAAUCUCACUGCAUUCAAUAGCGCUUACCUCCUGAUAAGCAUUGCACAGGAUUUCGGCCUUAAAGAACAAUGGCUGCAAGCCACAGACAAAUCAAGCCGGAAUGUAUGGUUUCCAUUUGACUGGUGGACUCUCAUUAUGAUCCAUGGUUUGGAACUUUCCAUGUUGAUCUCCAGAGCAAGGCGUCUGCGGAUACCUCAAGCAGUGCUCCUGCUAACAGGGAUUCCCAGAUGUUGUUACUAUACCUCCCAGAAUCCUCAGCCAAAGGCCAUUGCAGCUGGGAUGCUGGGAGUGGUAGUCAACAACAUCCGGGAAUCCCUGUUAGAGGGAACAGUGACCUCAACUAGGUAUAAAAAGUGGUCCUGUGAAUCCAGCCUUAGACGUCAUCCCUGAGGCUCUUCUUGGAAGUAGGUCUCUCUUAUUUCUAUCAACGUUGAGACCACAUUCUUUUGGCUGCAGUUUUGCUGUGAACAAAAUCUUCUGUGGGUUUGCAUGCAGCACUAGUGCUGAGCCCCAACAAGACUGUGAAAUGCCAAGCAUCCAGCAGGCCACUCAAAGUAGCUCAUUAAUAUACCCAAGAAGGUUCAUCCCGUUUCCCUUCUAACAGAGUUUUUACAAUCCAUGUCCUGAUCCAGGCAGACAUACAGAAUUGAAUCCAAGCCAGUACCUACCAUUUUCUUUGCUGUGCCUAUCCUAUGGUCACUAGGUGAGUCAGUCUAGCAACAAGUUCAUAUGCAAGGGGGUAUUCUCUGCUGUUCAGACACACCAUGUAGAGUCCAGUCAGUUCGGCUCAAAUUCGAGCCAGUCCAGGGGUUCUAGCACACACUUAAAAACAACAACAACCCAGAAACUUACUGCCUCCAGGGGACGCUGCCAUGGCUUUGGCAAGGAGGGUCUCCUGCGGUCCCCUGCCCAGCCUGAGUCUGGUUCGGCCCGAAGGCAAGUCCUUGAGCUGGCCAAGUUUGAUGUGAAACUUGAGCAGGUCUGCACAUCCCUAGUGGGUGUAUCUCCUAUUAACGUCAAAGAGAGUUAAGCACUUGAGGCCCAUUUAUUUCAACGGGAUUAAAGUAAGUUCAUCUGUUGCUGGGCUGCCCUACAACCUUUCCUUGCCUGUGUGACCUUGAUUUCCAAAAGCUGCAAUUCAUGCAGCCACCAGGGAGUAGUUGGCAUGCGCAAGGUCUGUCCACACAGCAUAUUUCUACCAUCGGAAGAUGGCAGAACCAGUCAUACAGGUGUCAUGACGGGAACAUGGGUUUUAGGUUAACUGACUCGUGUCACCUGAGUGCAUGUCCUUUAUAAUGAAAUGUGUGCUUAGGUAUAAUCUUUUACACCAAGAGUUCUCAAACUUGCCCAGAGGUUGCUGGACUACAACUCUCAUCAUCCCCUGCCAUUGUGGCUGGAGAUGAUGGGAGUUUUAGUCCAGCAAUCUCUGGGGACCCAAGUUUGAGGGCCUCUGUUUGACUCAAGGUUUAACUGAAUCGGGGAUGCCAAGUAUUUUUCAUCCACGUUCAUGCUUCUCAAGUAUUCUUUGUGGGCAUCACCCCCUGCCUUUGAUUAUUUUCCUUCUGCAAAAUGAAUUCUCUGUCACUGACUGCAUUUCCAACACUCCACCUGCCUCAAACCUCUCAGUCACUGGAUGGCAGCGGGAAGCCUUUGUAAGAUGAAGGUUGCUGCUCACAGCUGGAGAGGGUUUGAUGGACAGGAGGAGGAUGCUGGGGAAAGCCCCGUUUCACUAUUCUGCAGAACUCUUCAUUACUGAGAGAGGAUCAAAUUCAUUAAAAUGACGUCUUAGAGUAUAUUCUACAGGCUUGAAGUGUGAAAAUCUAAUGAAUUAAUGUUUUCCUUGUACCUUGCAUGUGAAAUAUUAAUAAAAACAUCCAGCAGCGAUGUCCAGUUAAAAGAGAUCUCUGAAGUUCUACAACACUGCCUCUGGUGUUUCUUGGGAGUUUUUGUGUUUUUAAAAUUAUAUUGCAUUUUUAAUUUCUUACAGCCAACAUUUCUCAGCAUUUUUAAAAAUUCAUUGUUAAGUUAUUUUUUGAAAAAUAUGUGCGUAACAUUUAUAUUUUUGUAAAUUUUGCAUUGCUUAUGAUGUAAUUAAAAUGUAGCUGUUUUAAUUGUUGGUUUGGGGAUCUUUGACUUGGGGGAAAUUCAGGACUUUCUUUGUGAACCCCUAAAUUUUCAAUGCUGUUUUCAUGUUUUGUAUUUGCAUUUAAAUAAAUGAAAAUGGAUUGUU